AUGAGUGUCGAGGAACGAAAACUCGUGAAAGAACUCCAUGCACCCGCGCGAAGAAAUUUUCCACGUCGUCGCGUCGUGGUGCACGAUCGUGAUGAUGUAUGGCAAGUCGACAUAGUCGAGAUGCGUCCUUACGCGCAAUUUAACAAAGGUUACAAUUACAUUUUAACAGUUAUCGAUGUUUUGAGUAAAUAUGCAUGGGCUCUACCACUCAAGAGCAAGAACGGAAGCGACGUAGCCGCAGCGUUAUCUAAAAUUUUUCGCGAGGACGAACGAUACCCCAAGAAACCUGCAGACGGAUCAAGAAAAGGAAUUUUACAACACCACAUUGUGCAAAAAAACAUUGUGAAGAAGUACAACAUAAAUCAUUAUUUGACGUACUCGGUAAUGAAAGCGUCGGUAGUGGAAUGA